UAUCCUAUCUAUAUCUUACUACUGUUGAUCUUGUUAAUGUUGGUAGUUUUGGACAAUGCACCCGUACUGCUGCUUCAUACCUUCUUUCUAUUUAUCUCACUUUCAAAAUCAACUGCAAACAUAUGGUUUCCAAAAAGUCUCCCAUGUGACGUGAUGAAAGAUGGCCCUGCAGUGGUUGUGGACUGCAGUGAACGUGAACUUAGGCAUGUGCCAAUUGGCUUUCCCUCUAAUGCCACCAACAUCAGCCUGACUAUUAAUCACAUCCUUGAAGUUCAUAGCACGUCUUUUUCUGGAUUAAAUGACCUCACUGAGAUUGAUUUGAGGUGUAACUGUGUGCCUGUCAGAAUGGGUCCCAAAGACAAAGAGUGCACUAAUGCCUUGAGGAUUCACAAAGGGGCCUUCUCCUCCUUGCCAGCCUUGAGAUCACUCUAUUUGGAUGGGAAUCAGCUAAACGAGCUGCCUCAAGGCUUGCCCCAUACUCUGACAAUGCUGAGUCUAGAAGCCAACAGCAUCUUUGUCCUGACCAAAGCAAAUCUUUCAGGGAUGUCAAAUCUGGAGGCCAUCUACCUAGGUCAGAACUGCUACUAUCGCAACCCCUGCAACACUUCGUACCAGAUUGAACAGGAUGCGUUCUAUGACCUAAGCAACCUCACCAUCCUGUCACUCAAAGACAACAAUUUGACCCAUGUUCCUGGGAAACUGCCACGCAGUUUAAAGCAACUUCUUCUGUAUAAUAAUGUGAUCAAGGAAAUCAAUGAUAAGGACUUUGCUGAGCUGCCUGAGCUCGAGACCCUAGACCUGAGUGGGAACUGCCCCCGCUGUUACAAUGCUCCAUUCCCUUGCCAGCCAUGCCAGUCUCCAAGUUACAUCCAAAUACAUGCUAAUGCUUUCCAAACACUAAAUAAAUUAAAAACUCUGCGUCUGCAAAGCAAUUCUCUAUCAACAGUGCUCAGUUCUUGGUUCAAGAACACUUCCAACCUGCGACUACUGGACUUGUCUGAGAAUUUUCUACUGAAAGAAAUCGCCAAUGCCGCGUUUCUGAAAUAUCUGACCAAACUUGAGGCUAUAGACCUGUCCUUUAACUUCGAGCUAAAGCUGUACGCCAAGUAUCUGAAUCUGUCCGAGAAUUUUUCCAACCUGCAGUCUCUCCAAAGUUUACGCAUCAGGGGCUACGUUUUCAAAAACCUGAAGGAAGAACAUCUGAAGCCGCUGUGGGAUCUCAGGAACCUCAAGUUCCUGGACCUGGGCACAAACUUCAUCAAAGUGGCCAAUCUGCAGAUCUUCAAGAAAUUCCACAGUCUGAAAGUACUCGACCUGUCAGAGAACAAAAUCUCGCCUUCCUCUGGCAACUCAGCAGGUGCCCAGUGCGGCUCCAACGAGGCGAGCCAAGCACCCAAUGCCUUUUAUGGCUGGUCCGAUCAGAUGCAUUACUUUCGCUAUGAUGGCUAUGGCCGGAGCUGCAAGUCCAAGGCGGAGAAGGAGGCCAGCUACCCAUUCGUGCCGUCUUGCCCAACUGAGUGCGGCCGCCUCGGCUCCUUCUUGGACCUGAGCAGGAACAACAUCUUCUUUGUGGGGCCCGCACUCUUCGAAGGCCUCUCCUCGCUGCGGUGCCUGAACCUGUCCGGCAACGCCCUCAGCCAGACCCCCAAUGGCAGCGAGUUCCAGCACCUGCCAGACCUCCGCUACCUCGACCUGUCCAACAACCGCAUCGACCUGCUGUACGAGACCGCCUUCCAGGAGCUCAGGAAGCUGCAGGUGCUCGACCUCAGCCACAACAGCCACUACUUCGAGAUGGAGGGCCUGACCCAUCGCCUGAGCUUCAUCCAGAACCUGACGGCGCUCUCCAAGCUCUUCCUGAACGGGAACGCCAUCCACUCGUCGGCCGACACGGUGCUGAAGAGCCGCUCGCUCCAGGUGCUCGAGUUCCGUGGCAACCGCCUGGACUACAUGUGGAGGGAUGGCACCGACCACUACCUGCAACUCUUCAGGGGCCUCGUCAACCUGACCCGCCUCGAUCUGUCGUCCAACCUCCUGACCUUCGUACCACAGUCCGUCUUCGAGAGCCUGCCGCCGCGGCUGGAGGAGCUGGUGCUGGCCUCCAACCAGCUGCGCUCCUUCAAGUGGCACAGCCUGCGGCACCUCGACUCACUGCGCCUGCUCGACCUGGGCGGCAACCAGCUGACCUCCCUGCCCCGCUCGCUGGCCGACUGCGCGGCCGGCCUCCGCCGCCUGGUGCUGGCCGGCAACCGCAUCGCCCGCCUGGGGCGCUACUUCCUGCGGGGCGCCGCCUCGCUCGGGGAGCUCGAUCUCAGCCACAACCGCCUGCGGCAGAUUGAGGCGUCGAGCCUGCCGCCGCCGCGCGCGCCGCGCCGGCCGUUGGAAGAGGCGGGAAGCGGCUCGUGGGCGGGGCUGCGCGUGCUGCGGCUCCACGGCAACCCGUUUGCGUGCAGCUGCGACGCCACCUCCUGGCUCGCCUGGUGGCUCAACCGCACCGAGGUGCACGUGCCCCGCCUGGUCACCGGCGUCACCUGCGCGUCGCCACGCGCGCGCCGCGGCCUCAGCGUGCUGAGCCUGGACCGGCGCGCAUGCGAGCUGGACUCGCUGGGCGCCGGGCUGCACGCCACCACCGCCGGCCUCACCCUCUCACUGCUCCUGGUGUCGCUGGCCGCCCGCCACCUCUCCUGGGACGUACGCUACGCCUACCACGUGUGCGCCGCCAAGCUGCGGGGCUACAGGCGCCUGCCGUCGUCGCCGGCCUCGAGCGCCGCCUACGCGGCCUUCGUCGCCUAUGACACCCGCGACACGCUGGUCACCGACUGGGUCCUGAAGGAGCUGAUCACCCACUUGGAGGAGACGGGCGACAGGCGUUUGGGCCUGUGUCUGGAGGACAGGGACUGGGUGCCGGGCCGCCUGGUCUUGGAGAACCUCUCGCACAGCAUCCACCGCAGCAGGAAGACCAUCUUCGUCCUCACCCGGCCUUACAUCGCCACCGGGCAGUUCCGCACCGCCUUCCACAUGGCCCACCAGCGGCUGCUGGACGAGAAGCUGGAUGUGAUCGUGCUGGUCUUGCUGGACAAGGUCUGGCAGCGCUCCCGCUACCUGCGGCUGAAGAAGAGGCUGAGCCGCCACUCGGUGCUCGAGUGGCCCCGCAACCCCCGCGCCCAGCCCCUCUUCUGGCAGCGCCUGAGGAGCACCCUGACCACUGACAGCCACGUACAGCAUGGCAAACUCUUCAACGAAAUUGUCUAG